AUCAUGUACGAAACACUAAUGUUAAUCUAAUGUUAAUUAUUUUCGAUGAUUUUAUAGAAAAUAGCUAUGUAAUUUUAAUUUCUUGCCACCAUAAUUUAUUUUUAUUAAAGAUAUUUAAUAAAAAUCAUGUUGCGUCAACUUGUUCGAGUAUUAUUGAGAAGAGCUCGAUCUGCUAUGUAUGUUACAGGUAUUACAUAUGUAAAUCAGCCAGAAACUAGUAAACCUACUGUAGAUGAUAAAUUACAAUUUGAAUCUAUAGAUAUUAAAAAAUUAACCCCUGAAUAUAUGAUACAACAAUCAACCAUAGAUGCUGUUAAUAGUGCAACUCAAUCGUUAACUGUUGCAUAUGUUGCAAUCAUGACAACAAGUAAUGAAUAUCAGACAUUAUUAAGUGAAUUAAUUUCUCUUUCGAGGCAAACAUUAGAAUUUAAUGUUAACGAUACACAUUGGGACAUGAUAGUUGAACUAAGGUCAAAAGUACAAAGUAAAAAGGAAAUUUUAAAUAAGUUAACAGGAUAUAUUGAAUAUGUACACAAAAUGGCAGUAGCUGCUUCAGAAAUAAGUUACUUGUCUGGAAUGGAUAGUUUGUCUUUUACUCUUACUCAAAGAAUAGAUGAUAUAUUAAGAAAUAUAAGGGAAAAAGUCAAUCAUAUCAUAAUACUUGAACAAGAAUAUUGUGAUGUACAAAAAGAGUGUAUUCAAAAUUCUAAUAAAACAAACAAUGAAUCUAUAGGUAAAGCAGAAACAGAUUAA